UGUAUCCAAGAAAGAAUCCAGGACUUUCCUACAGCAAUCCACUGAGCUGGCCACAACCAACUCUGGAGGGAGUCUAUUCCACAUUCUCACAGCUCUCACUGUGAAGAAACCUUUCCAUGUUUGGAGAUUACAUUUCUUUUCCUCCAGAUGUAAAGAGCACCCCCUUGUCCUCUGAACCUUGGGGUACACCACUGAUGCCCCAGACCAUUCAGAGUAUGAAUCAUUAACCACUACUCUCUGAAUACCAUCUUUUAGCCAGUUUUCUAUCCAUUUACAUAUGGAUUUUUCCAAGCUUGUAGACUUUACCUUACACAUUAGCCGUGUGUGGGGACCUGUGCCAAACACUUUUUGAAAAAUCCAAGGCAUACCACGUCCACUGGCACCCCUCUGUCCAAGUAUACCACGUCCACAGCUACCCCUCUGUCCAAGUAUACCAAGUCCACAGCCACCCCUCUGUCCAAGUACACCACGUCCACAGCCACCCCUCUGUCCAAGUACACCAUGUCCACAGCCACCCCUCUUUCCAAGUAUGCCACGCCCACCGCCACCCCUCUGUCAAAGUACACCUUGUCCACAGCCACCCCUCUGUCCAAGUAUACCACGUCCACCACCACCACUCUGUCCAAGUAUACCACAUCCACCGCCACCCCUCUGUCCAAGUAUACCACGUCCACCGUCACCCCUCUGUCCAAGUAUACCACAUCCACCGCCACCCCUCUGUCCAAGUAUACCACGUCCACUGCAACCCCUCUGUCCAAGUAUACCACGUCCACCGCCACUCCUCUGUCCAAGUACACCACAUCCACCGCCACCCCUCUGUCCAGGUAUACCACGUCCACCGCCGCCCCUCUGUCCAAGUAUACCACGUCCACCGCCGCCCCUCUGUCCAAGGCCCCGUGGGUGUAUGCCAUCCGGUCCAGGGGCUUUAUUCAC